AUGACAGAAAUGGGACGCGAAAAGAAGCAAGAAGACAUCCCCGAGGUUGACUACGUUGACCGGAACGUCGUCAAUAUCCGUUCCGUUCCUCAUGUUUGGGACAAUCAAGCGUUGACUCGACUCUCCCUUUCCCAUAACAAACUCACCGACAUCCCGCCCGAGAUUGCCGAUCUCGUCAACCUUGAGGUUCUAACCCUCUGGAACAACCAGAUCACAGAGCUUCCCACCUCCAUCUCAACUCUUCCAAGGCUCAAGAUUUUCAAUGUCGGAAUGAACCGUUUAACCGUCCUUCCCCGCGGUUUCGGCUCGUUCCCAUCUUUGGAAAUCUUGGACCUAACCUACAACAACCUGUCGGAGAAGAGUCUUCCUGGAAACUUCUUCUUCAUCAGCACCCUACGCGCACUCUACCUUGGAGACAACGACUUCGAGAUGUUGCCCGGUGAUGUGCGCAAUUUGACGAACCUUCAGAUCCUGGUGCUCAGGGAUAAUGAUCUUUUGGUGGUGCCGCGAGAGCUUGGAGAAUUGGUCAAGCUGAAGGAGCUGCAUCUGCAGGGAAAUCGUCUUACCACGCUGCCGCCGGAACUUGGAGCUCUUGAGCUGACUUCGAUGAAAUCGGUCCUUCGUCUUCAACAUAAUCCAUGGGUUCCCGGAAUUCAAGAACAGCUCGACGAAAGGGGCUGCAUCGGAGUCUGGGAGUUCAUCAGAACCGAAAACUACAAAUACUUCUACGGACGCCAGGAAGUAAGCAACACCCCGGUUCCCCCGAAACGGAACAAGGACCGGAAAGUGUCCCGCCAAACGACAAAGCAGACCUGC